UCCACUCACCAGGGCACCUCUUGUUUAAGUGCAUGAAAAGGAAGCAAAGAAUAUUUGAAGAAACAUUUACAAACAUUUCUGAUAAUCUUUUGUUCUGUUUAUUUUAAAUUUUUUCUCUUAGACCAUGCAUGCAACAGAAACUGGAAGCUAUUAGCUGCCUGGAAUUCUUUAAGUCAUCCAUUACUGAAGAUCCAAAGGUGAACGUAAUCCAGGACAAAAAAUAUGGCCAACUGUGAUAAGAAGAAAUGGGACCCAUUUGAUACCUCUCAGAAAAGGGAUUUUAUCAGCAGACCCCUUUCACCGAUUACAGUUUUACGGCCAUCUACAGCUAAGGCGUACAGAAAUCAAUACGCUUUGGCCGAUCCCAUUGGUAUGACCGCAUACAGUGAAGACUUUUGCUGGAAACCUCCAUCUAAGCCUGACUGUAUCCGGACCGGGACAGCCUCUGGCAACAGGAGAAACAACCCGCACCCAAGCCAGGGUUUUAUGGUAUGGAGGCAUCCUCCUGGACUGAAACUUUGCGAAAAAACCCUACCUGAGGACGAUGUCAAAAACGCUCUAUCUGCACAGUACAAAUCAACAUACAGUAGGGACUUUUUGGGCAUCCCCCAAGGGAUCAUGAUGAACCAUACAGCGCUAGACAGGAAGAACAUUUCUGAGGUCCCUAGGUGGAUUCAAACUGAGAUGAGAUACAACUAUCGUAAGCCUGUUCAAAGACCUGAAUUUCGGGAAAAAACAUCACGCCGUGAGGCCUCAAAGGGCAUAAUCCCUACAGUAAUUCCAAAGCAUAUCACUAACCAGGAAAUCACGAAGCCCUUAACCACAUAUGACAAACAUUUCAGUGGUAAAUCCACAGACUUUGCUUCAGUGCUCAGUUCUCUCCAGCGUGAGGAACUCCAGCAAUUCUACAAGCAGUUACCUGAAAAGGAAAAAUUGGUGAUGCAAAAGUUUUUGGCAACAAACCAAAGAGCUCCUGGUCAAGGCAAGAAAAUAAUGGAGCCAGUGGCAUUCACGCAACCUCCUGCAGUGCUAGAUAGGAUAUCCGUCUGGCCUGGGCCUCUGUGACCUAUUCCCAUAAUGUGUAUGUGUGGGCAAGAAAAGUAAUAAAUUCCUUAUAUUGCAAUAAAUCGUUCUGUUCAAAUAGAUGCUAAGACUGAACAUCAAAUAUUAAACCACAAAUACAUACUAUACUUGCCCAGUAGUAGAUCACAUAACUGUGCUAACCAGUUCUGUACAUCCAUACUGUUCUGAUGUUGAUUAAUAUUCCAUAACAGCUGCUUUGGCAGGUUUGUGUUAAUGUACAAUAUUCCACACAAAAGUAUUUAUAUAAAAAUGUGCAAUUAUUGUUAUUGUGAAGCUUCUGUGUGGGGU